UCUGACCAUUAGGAGAGUUGUAAAGCCAAUGUAGUUUCUAGAGGAUUUCUUUGCUUCCCCAGUCUUGCCUUCACAGACCCCUAUCUUUUUUCAGGUGAACAGCCCUGAGGAGGACUGAUAUCUCCUACAAUGCCGAAAGCCAUGGCUGCAGGAUCGGUGAUAUUCAGUGAUGUAUCCAUAGACUUCUCUCAGGAAGAGUGGGAGUGCCUGGCCCCUAUCCAAAGGGACUUGUACAGAGAUGUGAUGUUGGAGAACUAUGGCAAUCUGCUUUCAGUGGCAGGACUUUACAUUCCUAAGCCUCAUGUGAUCUCCUUAUUGGAACAAGGGAAAGAGCCCUGGAUGGUUGGCAAAGAGCUUACAAGAGGACUCUGUUCAGAUCUGGAAUCAAUGUGUGAAAGCAAGUUAUUAUCCCUGAAGAAGGAAGUUUACGAAAUAGAAUCGUGCCAGAGACAGAUAAUAGGACUUGCAAAGCAUGGCCUCGAGUACCCCAGUGUCAGAGAGGCUUUGGAAUGUAGAAGCCACUUUACAAGACAAUCAGGGCUUCAAAAUGGGAAUUUAAGCCAAGAAAUACUCACUCAUGAAUAUAUGCCCACAUUCAUUCAGCAGACUUUCUUUACUCUACAUCAAAUUAUCAAUACUAGAGAGAAACCUUACGAAUGUAAGAAGUGUGGGAAGGCCUUUAGUCAGAACUCACAACUUAUUCAACAUCAGAGGAUUCAUAUUGGUGAAAAGUCUUACGAAUGUAAGGAGUGUGGGAAAUUCUUUAGUUGUGGUUCACAUGUUACUAGACAUCUGAAAAUUCACACUGGUGAGAAACCCUUUGAAUGUAAAGAAUGUGGGAAGGCCUUCAGUUGUAGUUCAUACCUUUCUCAGCACCAGAGAAUUCAUACUGGUAAGAAACCCUAUGAAUGUAAGGAGUGUGGGAAGGCCUUUAGUUAUUGCUCAAAUCUUAUUGACCACCAGCGAAUUCACACUGGCGAAAAACCCUAUGAAUGUAAGGUAUGUGGGAAAGCCUUUACUAAGAGCUCACAACUUUUCCAACAUGUGCGAAUCCAUACAGGUGAGAAACCAUACGAAUGUAAGGAAUGUGGCAAGGCCUUUACUCAGAGCUCAAAGCUUGUUCAGCAUCAGAGAAUCCACACUGGUGAGAAACCCUAUGAGUGCAAGGAAUGUGGCAAGGCCUUUAGUAGUGGCUCAGCACUCACUAAUCAUCAGAGGAUUCAUACUGGUGAGAAACCCUAUCAUUGUAAGGAUUGUGGGAAGGCCUUUACUCAGAGCUCACAACUUCGUCAACAUCAAAGAAUUCAUGCUGGUGAGAAACCCUUUGAAUGUCUUGAAUGUGGGAAAGCCUUUACUCAGAACUCACAACUUUUUCAACAUCAGAGAAUCCACACAGAUGAAAAACCGUAUGAAUGCAAUGAAUGUGGGAAGGCCUUUAAUAAAUGCUCAAACCUUACUCGGCAUUUAAGAAUUCAUACUGGUGAAAAGCCCUAUAACUGUAAGGAAUGUGGGAAGGCCUUUAGUAGUGGUUCAGAUCUCAUUCGUCAUCAGGGAAUUCAUACUAAUGAAUGAUAAAAGUUACAGAUUGUCACCUUCUUAAUAUUUUAAACAAAAAUUCAUGGUUUGUUUUAUUUGAUAUUUAAGUUUUUAAUACAAAUUAUAAAUUCAGAGUCUAAACUGACAUCUCCCUCAGUCUUGUACCAAUGCCAGUUGUUCAAUGGUUCUUUUUCCACAUUGUUUGGUGCUAUGUUACAUUCUUGUUUAUAUUUGCUUGUAUUUUAGGGCUGUCUUUUCUGAUCUAUAUAUUUAUGCUUGCACCACUAUAACAGUGUUUACAUUGUGUGCCUUUACUAAUUUUAAAAUUCCUUAUAGAAUUUUAACUUUGUUUUUGAAGUCAGUAUUAAUCUUUUUGCUUCCUUUCACAAGUUUA